CUUGACGGUUUUUCAAAAGACGGUGUGUCACACUCAUAACUGAAGUUACAGGGCACAAAUAAACCCAUCAGUGGCUUGGUGUUCGAAAAAUCAUGUACAAUGGUCAAACCAAAAUGUGAUUCUUCUGGUUUAGCUAUUAAAACAGGUGGUAUUCGUUUUCAGAAGACAAAGGGUCAGCAUAUACUGAAAAAUCCCCUCGUUAUUACCACAAUGGUGGAAAAGUCUGGUAUCAAGUCCACAGACUCCUUGCUUGAAAUUGGUUCUGGAACUGGUAACCUCACUGUCAAGUUGUUAGAAAAGGGAAGGAAAGUGUACGCAUUCGAAAUAGAUCCAAGAAUGGUUUCGGAAUUGCAAAAACGUGUGCAAACCUCACCACAUCGAACCAAACUAGAAAUUCUCGUUGGCGAUGCAAUCAAAGCAAAAUCAUGGCCCAAGUUCGAUCUCUGUGUAGCGAACCUGCCGUAUAAAAUCUCCUCGCCAUUCAUCCAAAGACUGAUUAGCGCAGGUCGUGGUUUUAGAGCAGCAGUUGUUAUGCUCCAGAAAGAAUUCGCUGAUCGUCUUACGGCUAAACCUGGAGAUAAAUUAUACUGUCGUCUGUCAGCAUCUGCUCAGUUCCACUUCAAAAUUGAACAGUUGAUGAAGAUCAAUAGAAACAGUUUUCGUCCCCCACCGCGUGUUGAUUCAGCUGUUGUUCGGAUUGAGCCCAGGCAUCCAUUACCACCUGUGAUGCAUUCAGAAUGGGAUGGAUUACUGCGUCUUGUGUUUGCUCGCAAAAACAAAACGAUCGGAGCUAACUUUAGCGGCAAGUCAAUAGCUGCACAUUUACGUAAGAUUUACAUGGAGACUUGUUGCACAAAAGGAUUGUCACCAACUCCAGAGGUUAUUGCCUGUGAGUCUACUGGUGUUUCAGCAAUGGAGGAAAAAAUAACAAAUAUACUUCGAGAUUCAGGUUUCGAGAAAAAGCGCGCCCGUACUUUGGACGAAGAUGACUUUCUUAGAUUAUUAUUAGCCUUUAAAAAAGAAAAUAUAAAUUUUGGUUGAUUUU